AUUUGUUAACUGCUUGAAGCGGGUGUAUUAGCUUUCUUCUUGUAUUUAUUCAUUUCUUGGUGUCUCUUCAACCUAUUAUGCUUUUAUUCCUUCGGUCUUAUCUUAGCUCACCGCCUCUGUUGACUAAAGCUAUAGAUGGAGAGCUUCUAUACUUGUACCUGGGGAUUUCAUAUGAGGCCAUUAGUUCAGUUCUGGUGAGAGAAGAAGUUAGGCAGCAGAAACCAAUUUAUUAUAUCAGCAGCGUGCUGCACGGAGCAGAGCUGAGAUAUCCUAUAGCUGAGAAAGCAGCAUUAGCAGUCGUCACUUCGGCCAGGAAGUUGAGGCCAUAUUUCCAGUCACACCCAAUUAUCGUUCUCACCAACCAACCUCUUAGGCAGAUUCUACAGAAACCAGAGUGCUCUGGAAGACUAAUUAAGUGGGCAGUAGAACUGGGAGAGUUUGAGAUAACAUUUCAGCAGAGAUCGGCCAUCCGAGCUCAAGCAUUAGCAGAUUUUAUUGUCGAAUGCACCCCAUGUCCUUCAAACUCUAAUCCAAAGCCCAACGACUGGACCUUAUAUGUUGACGGAGCAUCUAGUAGCAAGGGUUCAGGGGCUGGCGCUCUCUUGCUUGGUCCAGAGGGAUACCGAAGUGAACAUGCUCUGAAGUUCAAUUUUGAUGCAACAAAUAACAUGGCUGAGUAUGAAGCUCUGCUACUUGGUCUACAGCUAGCAUUGCAGUUGCAAAUCAGUGUAAUUCAAGUGUACAGCGACUCCCAGUUGGUGGUAAACCAAAUCAACUCAAUCUGUGAAGUUGUUGAUCCUGUAAUGGUAAAGUAUGUAGCCUUGGUGGCCGAGCUGAAGUGCAACUUCCAAAAAUUCUGUUUGAGUAAAAUUCCCCGAGCUGAGAAUGAACAGGCAGAUUUACUCUCCAAGUUUGCCUCUGAUAGCUCUUCAAGUUCCAAAUCCGUUUUUGUGGAGGUCUUAGAUGAACCAAGCUUCAUGAAGCCCCGGAUGAUGGAGAUUAGCACAAACCUUGACACACCGAGCUGGACUGACUCAAUUAUAUCCUUUUUGCGAGAUGGAAUAGUACCUGAGGACAGGCAAGAGGCGAUGAAAUUGAGGAAGAAAGCAUCUCGGUAUACACUUGUUGAUGGGAUCCUCUAUAAGAGAUCUUUUUCACUUCCUCUUCUGCGAUGUUUGAAUCCCUACGAAGCCGAGUAUGCACUUCGAGAGGUACAAGAAGGUGUCUGUGGGAGCCACGUCGGUGCUAGAACUCUGGCUCACAAAGUCUUAAGGCAGGGAUAUUACUGGCCAAACAUGUAUAAGGAUGCCACUCACUUUGUUCAGAAAUGUCCAAGGUGCCAAUUCUUUGCACAUCUAACUCACUAACCUGCAGAAGAACUCACGAACUUGGUAGCACCAUGGCCAUUUGCACAGUGGGGACUAGAUCUUUUAGGUC